GGGUUUUAUGGAGAGCGGUUUGGUGAAGAUGUGCUCGAAGUGAUUAAGGACUCAAACCCUGUGGACAAAUGCAAACUAGAUCCUAACAAGGCCUACAUUCAGAUAACCUACGUGGAGCCGUACUUCGACACGUAUGAGAUGAAGGACAGGAUAACGUACUUCGACAAGAACUACAACCUGCGGCGCUUCAUGUACUGCACGCCCUUCACGCUGGACGGCCGAGCCCACGGGGAGCUGCACGAGCAGUUCAAGCGCAAGACGAUCCUGACCACGUCCCACGCUUUCCCAUACAUUAAAACCAGGAUCAACGUCAUCCACAAAGAGGAGAUCAUUUUGACGCCCAUUGAAGUCGCCAUAGAGGACAUGCAGAAGAAAACACAGGAAUUGGCUUUUGCAACCCACCAGGACCCUGCGGACCCAAAGAUGCUGCAGAUGGUGCUACAAGGAUCAGUAGGUACCACAGUCAAUCAGGGACCAUUAGAAGUUGCACAGGUUUUCUUGUCUGAAAUACCCAACGAUCCAAAGCUCUUCAGACAUCACAACAAACUACGGCUCUGUUUCAAGGACUUCACGAAGAGAUGUGAAGAUGCUCUGCGCAAGAACAAGAGCCUGAUCGGUCCCGACCAGAAGGAGUACCAGCGGGAACUCGAGAGGAAUUACCACCGGUUAAAGGAAGCGCUCCAGCCCUUAAUAAACAGGAAGAUCCCACAGUUGUACAAGGCAGUGCUGCCGGUCACUUGCCACAGGUGGAUAUUUGAUUUUACUUAA